CUCCGCAGUUCCUUCACGCUGCUGGCCGAGCCGAGCUGCCUGUGUGCCCGCAGAGCGACCCCCGCAGCCCCGCAGAGCCCCGAAGAACUCCCGCAGAGCUCCAGGCCACACCUCCGCGUCCUCUCCUCGCCUUUAACCGCCGCCCAGGCUCCGAUCUGAAGGUUUUAAUCCCCAAACUCCGCCCGUCACGACGACUUUGCUGAAGAUGUUGAGCGUCGCCAGACACGUUUCCCGGUCCCUGCCGACCCGGACCUGCUCCAGGACCGUGUCGUCCCUGGUCCGCAAGGCCUGCGGGAGCGGCUUCCAGCCAGAUGUUCUCCGAGUCCUGUCCAGGAGAGACUACGCCUCUGAAGCCAUCAGGGGCGCCGUCAUCGGCAUCGACCUGGGGACCACCAACUCCUGCGUCGCUGUCAUGGACGGGAAACAGGCCAAGGUGCUGGAGAAUGCAGAAGGAGCCCGGACGACCCCGUCGGUCGUGGCCUUCAGUGCGGACGGCGAGCGUCUGGUGGGCAUGCCGGCCAAACGGCAGGCCGUCACCAACCCCCAGAACACGCUGUACGCCACCAAGAGGCUGAUAGGACGGCGCUACGACGACCCCGAGGUCCAGAAGGACAUGAAGAACGUCCCCUACAAGAUUGUGCGUGCGUCCAACGGCGACGCCUGGGUGGAGGCUCAUGGGAAGAUGUACUCGCCCAGCCAGGCCGGAGCCUUCGUCCUGAUGAAGAUGAAGGAGACGGCAGAAAGUUACAUGGGAACGGCGGUGAAGAACGCCGUGGUCACCGUACCGGCGUACUUCAACGACUCCCAGAGACAGGCCACCAAAGACGCGGGUCAGAUCGCCGGCCUGAACGUCCUGCGUGUGAUCAACGAGCCGACGGCGGCCGCUCUGGCCUACGGCCUGGACAAGACCCAGGACAAGAUCAUCGCCGUGUACGACCUGGGCGGAGGGACGUUCGACAUCUCCGUCCUGGAGAUCCAGAAGGGCGUGUUCGAGGUGAAGUCCACCAACGGAGACACGUUCCUGGGAGGAGAAGACUUCGACCAGCACCUGCUCAAGCACAUCGUGAAGGAGUUCAAGAGAGAGACCGGCGUGGACCUGCUGAAGGACAACAUGGCUCUGCAGAGAGUCCGGGAAGCUGCAGAGAAGGCCAAGUGUGAGCUGUCGUCUGCCCUGCAGACGGACAUCAACCUGCCCUACCUGACCAUGGACGCCUCCGGGCCCAAACACCUGAACAUUAAGCUGACCCGGGCCCAGUUUGAGAACAUCGUGUCCGACCUGAUCCGCCGCACCGUGGCCCCGUGCCAGAAGGCCCUGCAGGACGCCGAGGUGACCAAAGGAGACAUCGGGGAGGUGCUGCUGGUGGGAGGCAUGAGCCGCAUGCCCAAGGUCCAGCAGACGGUCCAGGACCUGUUCGGCCGCGCUCCCAGCAAGUCAGUGAACCCGGACGAGGCGGUUGCCAUGGGAGCAGCCAUCCAGGGGGGCGUGCUGGCGGGAGACGUGACGGACGUGCUGCUGCUGGACGUGACUCCUCUGUCUCUGGGCAUCGAGACUCUGGGGGGCGUCUUCACCAAGCUCAUCAACAGGAACACCACCAUCCCCACCAAGAAGGGCCAGGUGUUCUCCACGGCGGCGGACGGACAGACCCAGGUGGAGAUCAAGGUGUGUCAGGGCGAGAGGGAGAUGGCGGCGGACAACAAGGUGCUGGGCCAGUUCACGCUGGUGGGGAUCCCCCCCGCGCCCCGCGGCGUCCCCCAGAUCGAGGUCACCUUCGACAUCGACGCCAACGGCAUCGUCCACGUGUCGGCCAAGGACAAGGGCACGGGCCGCGAGCAGCAGAUUGUGAUCCAGUCGUCGGGAGGUCUCAGCAAGGACGACAUUGAGAACAUGGUGAAGAACGCGGAGAAGUACGCCGAGGAGGACCGGAGGAGGAAGGAUCGCGUGGAGGCCGUCAACACGGCCGAGGGAAUCGUACACGACACGGAGUCCAAGAUGGAGGAGUUCAAGGACCAGCUUCCUGCUGAUGAGUGCACCAAGCUGAAGGAGGAGAUCACCAAGGUCCGGGAUCUUCUGGCCAACAAGGAUUCAGAGACGGGCGAGAACAUCAAGCAGGCGGCCAACAACCUGCAGCAGGCCUCACUCAAACUCUUCGAGAUGGCCUACAAGAAGAUGGCAGCGGAGCGGGACGGCAGCAGCGGCGGCUCCAGCGGCUCUAGCGGCUCCAGCGGCUCCGGCAGCUCCAGCUCGGAGGGGGAGAAGAAGGAGGGCCAGCAGUAAACACUGCACCGUUGUCACCAGGUCGCCAUGACAACUAAGGACUUUUGCGAUGGGGCGGCGGGCUGGGUGGGGAGGGGGGCAGUCCCCAGUCAUUCUUACUAUAAUAUAUUCUCAUCUACUGUGUUUUGGCAGUAAGACCCCGUAGAGCAGGGGUGUGGCCGUCGCCCCACACCCCUCCAUCUGUAAUUUAACUGUGUCACCACGUCCUGUUUCUUUUUACAAAGCUGUUAAUUUACAUGCAAAGCUAGUAAUGAUUGUUUUAUUUCCUUUGUGGGCUGACACGAUGAGCCCGAUGUUGUCGACAGCAGCCGGUCCGCCUGCAGAGCUCCAGCAGUUUUAGAAAGUUCUGAGGGUUUCACACAUCAGAUGGUCCGGUGGUGUUUAUUUAGUCCAACGUUUUUGAAUCUGAGGGAAUAAUGAAGGACUUGAUGGAACCCAUUCACUUGUUUUAGCCACCGAUGGUCAGAACUGAGGAAUGUGAUUGUGGGAGAGGAUUAUAAGAUGCAGAUCCGAGGAGCUGGAGUUUAUUUCCCCGUGGCCGUGUGGAGAUGUGGAGCGGUCCUGGAGGUUUCUAGGAGCCGGGUCGUGCAGGAGAGAGCGCCGCUGGCGCCGGCCCGGCGCUGAGCUCUGCAGAAGACGCAGCCUGGAGAUGGUAGAACCACAUUUCGGGGCGAUGUAGUACUGCUGUGAAAAUUGAAUGGUCAUAACUGUUGCAGUUUUUUUCUAAUAAAAAUCUGAAACGUGA